AUUGCUGGUAGUGCUGUGGCGGAGUACCUACGGAGCUUGGUGAAAGGCUGUGGUUAUUCGCGAGGCCAUACCGUUCAGAUCCGCGAGAGCGAUGUCUACCUCACGGUCGGCGCCACGCAGGCGCUGCAGUCUACGCUAUCUGUCCUCGCAUCUGCUGGCGGCAACAUCCUCCUGCCCCGUCCAGGAUUUUCUCUCUAUGACUCCGCCUGCGUGCUCGCCGGCGUCGAAUGCCGCUAUUAUGACCUCCUCCCCGCCUGCCGCUGGGAAGCCGACCCGUCUCAAAUCCGUGACCUCGCUGACUCCCGAACUCUCGCAAUCGUCGUCAUCAACCCUAACAAUCCCUCAGGCGCAGCUUUCUCCGCCCAACACCUCCUCCAGAUAGCUGAGGUUGCUAGGGAUUUGAACAUUCCCAUCAUCGCCGAUGAGGUUUAUGGGGGGAUCGUCUUCGGGGGAGGAAGGUUCAUUCCUAUGGCAUCCUUCGCUCACUUGGCGCCUGUUAUCACUAUCGGCUCAUUGUCUAAACGUUGGAUGGUUCCUGGCUGGAGAUUCGGUUGGUUUGCAAUUUGCGAUUUGAAUGGCACCCUUCAAGAGGUGAGGAAGGCAACUGAAAUACUGAUGAACAUAAAUCCUGGCCCAUCUUCAGUGAUCCAGGCUGCUGUUCCAACGAUUCUGUUAGAUGCAAACGUUGAAUUUCAUGAGAAUGUGUUAGCGUUAUUGGAGUCCUGUAUGGAAACUCUUUUUGUAGGAUUGGAGCAAAUUGAUGUCCUCGAAUGCUAUUCCAGGCCUCAGGGUUCCAUGUUCAUGAUGGUUGAGGUGGAUACGAGCCGCCUUCUUGGCAUUGAGAACGACAUGGACUUUGCAAAGGAAUUGAUGAAAGAGGAGUCUGUCUUGGUCUUACCAGGUUCCAUUAUCGGUUUGAAGAACUGGGUUAGAUUAUUCUUCGGACUCCCUACAGAUUUAUUGAGUGAGGCAUGUGAUCGGAUGAGCUCCUUUUGCAAGAGGCGAAUGGUAAGUGAUGCAUGGUAGAUUUGAUUAGUCGACUGCAGUGAAAUCUAGCUGAUAAUUUGGAUGUUUUCAUGCGCAUUAGCUCUUACUUUGUAUGUUGUAAGCUAAGACGAUAUAUGGGCUCUAUUAAUGAUUUUGUCAUCUAUAUGUAUUGUGGAUUUUUAUUUGUGAUUGUUCAAUAAAUGGUGAGCUAUAGCUCACAGUUAUUUUA